UCCCUUUCAGAUAUCUGAAGUCUUCUAUCACCCACAUUAUGGUCAAGGAGCAUGGCCAUGAAAACAAAUGAUGUACUAUGUGAUGCACAGAGUGGCAUUCAGAAAGAAAAAACUGAGGUAAAUGACUGUGGUAUUCAGAUUGACACAACUCCUUAUACCUCAGUGAGUGAAGGGAAAGCUGAAGUUUUGUUUCCUUCGACUCACGACGUCUUUUACAACCCAGUCCAAGAAUUCAAUAGAGAUUUAAGUGUUGCAGUGUUACGACAGUUUGCUAGUGAACAUCAAGAUGGUAUUCGUAUAUUAGAAGGUUUAGCUGCAUCUGGACUGAGGUCAAUUCGUUAUGCACGUGAAAUUGAAGGCGUCAAAGAAGUUGUUGCUAAUGACAUUUCAAAGCAAGCUAUUGAGUGUAUGAAGCGGAACAUUAAGCAUAAUAAUGUUGAGGGUGUUGUCAUCCCAAGUCACAAAAGAUGCCAGAUUGAUGCCAUCUUGAUGUUUGUGGAGUCACUUGUGUCAACAAACUUCCCAUUUCCGUGA